AUGACCUUCGAUAUCCUGGGGGAUGAAUAUCUGGAUAAAGAUGAAAUUAUCGACAACCUUUUCCAAGAGAUACUAGACUUCUCUGUUAAGCGAGAGAUAUCUUUUUCUUCUUUGACUCAGUUUAUAUUCUGGAUAACCUCAUUUCUGAUGGAGUUGGAAAGCUUUUUCAACUGUGCUUUCUCAUAUGAUCAGUCUUCUGGAGCUCGCCUCGUGGCAAAAAUCCUUUUCUCUAAAUUUCCCAGAGAAGUUAAGGGCGAAAUGAUUCGGCUCUCAGGAUGCAUCACCAGAGGCAUCCAUGAAAUCUUCCUCCUUUUGAAAGACAAGGGGAUGCAUCACCAGUCCAGCCCGUUCAUACGGGGUUUUGGCACUAUACUGGAAUGGAAGCGCCUACGGGUCAUCCUUCAAUCCCAAAGUGGCAUCCUUGCAGCCCUCGGAGACAUCCUUGCAGCCGUCAGAGACAUCCUUGUAGCCCCUAAGGAGCAUCCUUGCAGCCCUACGGGGCAUGCUUGCAGCCAGUAA